AUGGAAGUGGCGUCCUCCAUCGCUGAUAGUACUUCGGGCGUGGAUGAGGCGCGACGCAAGCGGCCACGUGAUGAGGACGAGGCGGUAGUGUUGGAGGAGAUGUCUGCUGGACCAACUAGCAUGGCAAAACUCUUUUUACGGUCCCCGUUCGAUCCCUACGAGUCCUUCGCGUCGGUUUGGCCGCGUCCAAAGUCUGGCGCGAAGGACACUGUGCCGUACGCUGCUGUCGCCGACACGCUGGCGGACAUCAGUGCCGAGAGUUCCCGCCUGGAGUGCAUCCGACAUCUCACGCAUCUGCUGCUGGCUGUCCUGCAGCGCAGCCCAAGUGACUUGGUCCCGGUCAUCUAUCUAGUCAUCAACAAGCAGGGUCCGGCGCAUGAGGGGAUCGAGCUUGGUGUGGGCGACGCGUUGCUUUUGAAGGUCAUAGCAGAGUGCUGCGGCAUCACCGAGGCGCAUGCCAAGGAGGCUUACAAACAAACAGGUGACUUGGCUGAGGUGGCCCAAAACAAAAAGCGCAAACAGUCAACCCUUGUCCAACCGAAGAGACUCUCUGCAGUAGCCGUGUUUGGGGCACUGCGCGACAUCGCCCUCAUGAGCGGAAAGGAGGCCGCGCGUCGCCGGGCUGAUGUAAUGAAGCGACUUCUCCGUGAUGCUGUUGGACCAGAGGUGAACCUUAUUGUUCGGGCGCUUCAGCAGAAAAUGCGUGUGGGGCUCGCGGAGCCCUCCGCUUUGGCUGCAGUUGGGUAUGCUUUGGCGUUAAAUCACAUUGGAAACCAGGAAGUGAUGACACUCACACCUGAACAACUGCAACGAGACCUGAAUGCGGGCGCAACCAACUUUACUCGCACUUAUUACGAGGUGCCCUGUCUUGAAAUUGUCGUUGCAGCCGUGCUGCAGUACGGCUUUAUGGUGAUCAUCCCGUCGUCACCAGUUGCCAAGGAUCACGCUGCGGACCUCUCCAUUCGCCCCGGAAUUCCGGUGAAGCCGCAGCUGGCCCACCCGACCAGCGGCAUAAGUAUCAUUCUAGAGCGCUUCCACGACAAGGCAUUCACGUCUGAAUACAAGUACGAUGGGGAACGGGCACAGAUUCACUACUCUGAAGGCCAAGGGUUUCAGAUAUUUUCACGCAAUGCGGAAACACACACUGGGAAGUACCCUGACAUUAUCGCCAUGCUGCCAGAUGCGUUUUCGACUAAGGACGUUAGGUCUUUUAUCAUAGAUUCAGAGGUUGUGGCUGUUGAUAAAGAAACGGGAUCUCUGCAAGCGUUUCAGGUUCUGCAGCAUAGAGGCAGGAAGAAUGUGUCAUCCGAAAGUGUCACCAUUCCCGUUUGCGUCUUCGCUUUUGAUAUUUUGUAUUUUAAUGGCGAGCCGCUGAUGACCAAAACGUUAGCGGAGCGACGGCACAUUCUCUACACACACUUCGCCCCCAUUCACGCAAAGUUCCAGUUCGCCGAGCACCUGGAUAGCAACAACAUUGAGGACAUCCAAUCCUUUCUCGAUAAGUCCAUAUGUGACGGCUGUGAAGGGCUUAUGGUGAAAACCCUCGAAGAGGAGGCAACUUACACCCCGGCGAAGCGUUCGCACUAUUGGCUGAAGCUCAAAAAGGACUACAUGGAUGGCGUUACCGAUACCCUUGAUCUCGUGCCGAUAGGCGCCUUUUACGGGAAGGGAAAGCGGACGGGGGUGUUUGGGGGCUUCCUCCUCGCGUGCCACGACGGCGAUAACGACGAGUUUCAGAGCAUCUGCAAGAUUGGCACCGGGUUCCAGGACGACCAACUCGAGUCUCUUACACAGGCACUGCAGUCAUGCGCCCUAGACGAAAAGCCGCGCUAUUAUAGGACAGAGGACAAACCGGACGUUUGGUUGGAGGCUUCACAUGUCUGGGAAGUAAAGGCUGCGGAUCUUUCAAUCUCACCCGUGCACUUUGCUGCGUACGGCCUUGCUGACGCAACGCGUGGGAUAGCACUGCGUUUUCCUCGCUUUAUCCGCGUGCGGGAAGACAAGAAGGCGCAUGAGGCAACCUCCGCCGCGCAGGUUGCGGAGAUGUACACCGCCCAAUCCCUGGCACAGAGAAAUGGCGGCAAUGUCGAUGAAUAA